AUGAAGAAGCACCUUGGCAAAUAUUGCCUGCUAGCCAAAAGACGGGGGGACGAGAGACUGAUUGAGAGAGAUUUCACAGAACUGGUGUUCGAAACUACCUCCCGGUGGCAAAACAUUAAAAUAUUCAAGUCCAAACAAUGCGGCAACGUUUUGUACCUCGACGACGACGUCAUGAUUGGCGAGAGCGACUUGGUCUACACAGAGACGGUCCUGGGUCUGGACAGAAACGAUUUCAACGGUAAGACAGUACUCAUCCUUGGGGGAGGAGACGGGGGACUGCUGCACGAGCUCAUCACGAGGACCAGACCAGCGUUCGUCACCAUGGUGGAAAUUGACGAAGAGGUUAUAAAAGCAUGCAGGACGCACAUGCGCAGUAUAUGCGGAAGUGAAAUGGACCAAUACGAAGGCGACAAUUACAAGAUCGAGAUAGAUGACUGCAUCGAGUACAUGAAACUUGCUUGCAAGAGGCAUGCGACAUUUGACUACGUUGUAAACGAUCUCACUGAAUUCAACGUUGACAAGGAAAAAUACGGGUUUGAGUACGAUUUCGUCACAUCCAGUGUGAUUCUGGAGUUGAGCAUCAGAGUUCUCUCCCCUGAAGGGAAGUAUUUAGCACGGGGAAAUACGGCCAGCUCUACAGAAUACGGGCGUGAGACCAAGAAGAGCCUUCAACGAAUGGGCCUGGAGUACAACAUUUUAACAAAAUAUGUCCCUUCUUUUCAAGAAAUGUAUUGUUUCAUUGAAGCGUGGAAGGAGAAGACCCCAUCAUAGACAGCACCGAGAAGGUUUUGUUGAUUUAUUCCAGA